AUGAUUAAUACAAUCAUAUGGAAUAUAAGAGGGAUAGGCUCUAGAGGAGCCUUUGAUAGACUCAAAAAAAUCACUCAUAUUCACAAGGCCACUUUUGUGGCACUUCAAGAACCUUUUGUUCACAAUGCUGUCAUCAACAAGAACAAAAUACAGAAAUACAAAAGAAAGCUGGGAUUUACUAAUGCUGUCACAAACAAGAAUGGCAAGAUAUGGUGCUUAUGGGAUGAUGAUUUCAAAUGUAAGGUGAUCAGUGAUCACAAUCAACAGCUCACUCUGGAAAUUCAGCAUAGUAGUCACAAUGAAGGUUUUGUUGUAACAAUAGUCUAUGCUAAAACUUCCUCUAGGAAGAGGAAGAGACUGUGGGAAAACUUGAGGACCUUGAAUAGUCAUAUAAACAAACCAUGGUCUAUAAUGGGGGAUUUCAAUAACAUCAUAGAAGCUGAGGAGAAGCAAGGGGGAAGACAACAUAGACUAAGCAGAAGUUUGGAGUUUGUUGGUUGUAUGGAUGAUUGCAACAUGAUGGAUGCUGGAUAUUCUGGGGAUAAAUUCACUUGGACUAAUGCCAGAAGAUUGAGAGGAAGGAUCCUGAUGAGGCUGGAUAGAGUCAUGUAUAAUGAUCAUUGGUCUCAGAAAUUCCCUAUUGUCAAUACCAGGCAUCUCCCAAGAACAGGUUCAGAUCACAGGGUACUUCUUAUGAAAUGUGACAGUAAGGAACCUCCAAGGACUAAAUAUUUCAAAUUCUUAAAUUUCUGGACUGAACAAGAUGAUUUCAUGGAUAUGGUGAAAAAUUCCUGGCAUUCUGAUGUGAGGGGUAAUCCCAUGUGGAUUCUACAACAAAAAUUAAAAAGGCUGAGCAACUGCCUAAGCCACUGGUCAAAAAACAGCAUUUGUAAUGUGUUUGAGAAAGUGAAAGAGCUGGAAGAACAAGUGGAAAAGGCUGAAGCCCGGUAUACUACUUACAACACUGAUCUAAACAGAAGUCUUCUUCAUUCUAAGUAUGUUGAGCAAAUUUAUUGGGUUAAUAAGGAGACUUCUAUGCUGAGGCAAAAAGCCAGGAUCAAAUGGCAAGAGGAGGGAGACAGUAACACUAGAUACUUUCACAGUGUCAUUAGACAAAAAAGGAAAAAAGCACAGCUGUACAGAAAUAAAAAUGAGCAGGAUCAAUGGAUUCAAGGGGAUGAUAAAAUUGCUGAUGCUGCCACUAGACAUUUUAGCAAAUUGUUUUCUUAG